AUUGCGGUUGUAUUCAACAAAUCUACAGCCCAACACUAUGGUUUCCUGUAAACAAUUUUUAGCGUUUUUGAUAGCAAUUAUAUCAUUUGUUUAUACAUUCUACGUACUGGGCCAUUUAAUACAUUUUCUAUCGGCUCCAAGAAAACCGUCCAAAAUGUAUACUUGGGUUUUUAACUUGCUUGAUAAUCAGUCACGCCUGGAAACUGCUUAUGGACCGAUUGUUUUUAAUACUUUGUAUCUAAUAUUGUUCAUUUGUCAGCACAGUUUUAUGAAAUCCAAGUAUAUAAAUAUUGUAAUGCAUAAUAUGGGCUUGGCCUCGGCUGAGAGAGCUAUUUAUAGCUUAACAUCAUCGUUCUGCCUGCGUUAUUUAAUAAAAAAUUGGUCCAGCGCUUCUUCAAUUGUGAUUUGGCAAAUUGAUGUUGAUAGCAAUGAUUGGAUAUGGUGGUCUUUUGUUAUUUUACAUUCUAUUCUUUGGCUAAUUAUUGCUGGGGGCAGCGUGAUCAUGGAUUUGCCGGAAAUUUUGGGCAUUAAGCAGGUUUAUUAUGAUAUAAAAAACUACGCCGAACCAUUGGCCUACAAGUCGUUUGAAUUACGUAUGUUAUACGAUCAUAUCCGACAUCCUUCUUUUAUUGGUUUAACUAUCAUUUUAUGGUUCACCAAUUUGAUGAGCUUGGAUCGUCUAUUGUUGGCUACGAUGUUAACUGCCUAUAUGUAUUUUGCGUGGUCAACAGACCGUAGCGAUUUGGAGUAUCAAAAAUAUCAACUGCAACAAAAGAAGAAGGAAUUGAAAACCAAUUUGAAAUACCUAUAAUAUUUUGAUAG